AUGUCCUCACUUUUCACAGCUUUGAUAUACAUUUUCGCCUUUUCUGUCUAUUAUGCCACCAACGUCUUCCGGCAUCGUCGUAGGCCGCUUGGUUUGGAUCGCAUCGAGCAAAUCUUCCGAGCAGACAGCGAGUCGCGCCUGAUGGGGUUGUUUUUGUUCCACUUUAGGGUCUGGGGCACAACUCUCGAGCAUAUAUUUCUCGGAUCCAAGGCUUUCGGAACAAUAGAACCAGCCAAUCUCGAGGCUAUUCUGUGCACCCAUUUCGAAGACUGGGGCAUGGGUGUUGACUGGAAACACUCGCGCGAAAUUCUGAGGCCUCAGUUGGCGUUUAAGCAGUACGAAGAUCUGGAGGUAUUCCAAGAACCGGACGCCACUCUUCUGGAAGCGUUGCCCGCAAAUGGAGUUGUCGAUCUCCAACCGUUCCACUUCCGUUUGACCUUGGACGUGACCACGGCUUUCUUGUUUGGAGAGUCCGUACACUCCCUACAAGAGCCGAGAACACCAGGCGAACCUGAAUUCUCCAGUGCCUUCACCACAGCUCAAGGCUUCAUUGCGAAGAGAAUGAGACUCCAAGAGCUCUAUUGGCUCGUGAGUGGAAAGAGGUUUCGACAAGCCUGCAGUGAUGUUCAUCGCUUUGCAGAUCAAAUAAUUGAUCGAAAUCUGGCCAAAGACCUGAGAGACACUGAAGAACAAAAGACAUAUGUGUUCCUUGACUUCCUUGCCAGAAACACGACAGAUCGGAAUGCAUUUCGAAGCCAGAUCAUAAAUGUUUUGGUGGCCGGCAGAGAUACUACUGCCUGCUUGAUCUCCUGGGCCUUCUUUCUCCUCGUGCGACACCCAAAUGUCCUGAACAGGCUAAGAUCAGAGAUUGCAUCCACCUUCAAUGGCAGAGGAGAGGUUACACGAUCGGACCUGAGAAGAAUGAAUUACUUGCAAAAUGUCCUGAAAGAGACUCUCAGACUCUAUCCUUCUGUUCCGGUCAACUCUCGGAUGGCUCUCAAGACUACUGUCCUCCCGGUUGGUGGCGGGCCGGAUCUCAAAUCACCAGUGCUUGUCCCUCGAGGAACUUCAGUUCCAUACAGCGUGUAUGCAAUGCACCGGCGGCCUGACUUGUACGGAAUGGAUGCAGAAAUAUUUCGUCCCGAGCGAUGGGAGGAACAUAUGCCCCUUAAUGACGAUCCGACAAAUACAAAAUGA